GUUACGCAAAAUAUGGCUCAAGAACCUGAGAGAGAAUUUUCAAAAUUAAAGUCAGAUAACUUUUAAUACAAAAUCGUACAAUGCUUCAUACAAAACUUCAAUUUAACAAAAACAUAUGAUUUUUACAUGAAAAAUUGACUAAUGGACACCUUUUUUACCUCGCACUGAGAAAUGUGUUAACUAACUAAACAUACCUUUCCUCAGCACGCAGCUAAAAAUUUUAAUUACUUUAAGUAAUUAAAUAUUUAAUUAUACAAAUUAUGAUGUCUUUAAAUAAUUCUAACGACAAGAAGGAGUGGACCGAACAAGAUCGUUUAGAGUUAGCUGCAAAGUUAGAUGCAGAAUUAGACGACUUCAUCGAUGGCUUAGAAAAGAAACGAUAUGAAGAAGGUUGGCCGGAAGACAGAUGGCAGGAGGAAAUGGAGAAGCAUCCGUUUUUUAUGCGCAAAACUCCACAGCCCGGCGAUGAAGUGCAUCCCAUGUUAGUAGGUCUUCAGAAAUUGAAAUAUGAUCCCGAAGAGAAUACCAAAGAUGAAUUGGCUUUAAAUUAUAAAGAAGACGGUAAUUUCUAUAUGAAACAUAAAAAGUUCCGCAUGGCUGUCUAUAGCUUCACCGAAGGCCUGAAAGUUAAUUGCGAGAAUGAUGAUGUACAGGCAACUCUCUAUAACAAUCGUUCAGCGGCUCAAUUCUUUUUAAAGAAUUAUAGGUCAGCUUUAGCUGAUGCUCAAACGGCUUUAAGUUAUAAGCCAAAGUAUGAGAAAGCUUUAUGGCGAGCGGCCCAAUGUGCUUCUCAUUUGCAACGUUUUGAUCUCUGCGCACAGUUAUGCGAGGAACUUUUGGACCACAACUCCGACCACCAAGGGGCUAAAGAAUUAUUGAAGAAAAAUAGCUUUGAAAAGAUGGAAACAGCACGUAAUCACCGUAAGCAACUUAUAAAAGCUAAAAGGGAUUUAGAAGAGUUUCAUCGUUUAACAGACGCAUUAGAAGAGCGCCAAGUAAAAUUCGAAUGCAAAUCUUUGAUUACGAAGGAGCUAAUAAAACCAAAAUUUUCACCCUUGGAAGACUUUCCAGUUCACUUUGAUGACGAAGAUCAGAAAACAUUAAUAUGGCCGGCUGCAUUUUCCUAUCCUGAAUUUCUGUUCAGUGAUUUUCAACAACAGUUAUCCGAAGAAGUCACUAUGUUUGACUGUUUAACGAGUAUGUUUGCUGAACCUUUACCUCAAGACAAAGAGGGUAAAUAUUUUGUAGAUAAUUUAAAUGUAUAUUAUGAAAAUCAUAAGCUGGGCACCGUGCAUAAAGUCCACUUGGAGAAAACUAUUAAAGAUAUUCUGAAAGAGAAAAGUUUCUUUAUUACCGGAGGUGCCUUACUCUUUUAUGUAGUGCCUAAAGAUUCAGAGAUAGAAAAAGAAUUUAUAAAUACUCCAAGAAGAGGAACUGUAUACUCAUAACCAAAAUUUCAUAUAUUUUUAUGGCAAUUAGAGAUUGUAGAGAGAAUUGGACCUAAGCAAAAGUUGACUAUAUAAGCCAGAAAGUCCAAGUAAUGAAGGAAUGGUACCUACAUUUCUGACAAGCAUGUUGGAACAACAGGCAAGCACAGGAACACUUACUAGGGUUAUUGGAGACAAAAUAUUGCGAACAUAUUUGGCUAUUCCUCAAGCCCUAUUCAAAGUAGAGAAAGUUUUCUUCCUAAUAACUGGCUUUCAACUUUUAUAAGAAUUUGUGUCAUUAACAACCUAUAACUGCUUUUUUAUGAAAUCAAAACAAUAUCAAAACACAUUUGAUCGUAAGAUACGAUUAAAAAACUAUUUAAAAUUUUUUAAUUUAUUUAAUAAAAGUUUUUGCGAAGCUUCUUCAACACUGUAUAUAAAAUAUUAAAAAAAAAUUUAUUGUAAUUUUUUUUUGUUUAUGUCGUAGUAAUUGUAAAUGUUCACAAAUAAUUAAUUAAAUAUAGCAUUUAGCAAUGCAAGAUACAACAGUUAAGCAUUUUUAUAUGUCGGGAUUUUGUUGGAUUUUUAAUGUUAAGAAAUAAACUGUGAAGACAUUACCUAAUCUCAAAUGUUAGAUUAAACACAACUUUCAACCUUUUGAAUGCUUAUUUAAUGCUUAUUAGAUUAACUAAACAAUUUAUGAUAAGCGUAAGAGUUUGAUUCAAUUUAAAUGCAUUCCUGCAAAAGGUGCUGGCUGCAGGCUGGAGGAUUCAGUUAUUCAGGUUUUUCAAUUAAGCACCUGUCGUCGAUGCUGGGAAUCUCUGUUAACGUGUAAUUUGGAAAAACAGAACAAUCCUUCCCACGCCGUAAUGACACGCAGUCGCCGAAAUUGUUGAGUAAUAGAAAGCAAACUUCGGUAGCGGGCACACAAAGCGACAAUCAAAUCAAUGUUCAAGGUUAAUUGCCUGACUGACAACUCCAUUGGUUAAAGUAAUGAGUAUAUUAUUAUACAAUUGCAUAAUAUUUGCUUACUUCUAAUGUAUAUUAAAUUUUAUUAUAAAUUAUUAAAUAUUAUUAUUGAGUAAAUUGGUGGUAUUCAUUAUUGUUCUGGAUGAGCGGCAGUUUCUUAACAAUUAUUAAAUUUUUCUUCAGCAGUAACUUUUUGUUUAUAUUUAUCUAUAUUGAUAUGUAUACA